GCACAGUUCAUAUUCACACAAUUAUAUUUAGUCCAACUCAUCAAAUAAUAAUCAUCAUCAUUGUCUAGGGGUCAGUCAUCCAUAACAGCCAAUAUAUGUUUGUUGUUGCCCCCUCCCCUAAAAAACCUCCAUUAAACCCCCCCUCCCCGCUCUCCUUGCUUUCCUUCUCCCUCUUUCUCUCUUCUCAUCCUUAACAAUCUAUACACAAAAAGGGUUUGUUUGUUUGUUUUCCAUUUCCCAUCAUUCUUACAAUAAAUCCUUAUAAAGUUUCAACCUUUUUAACUAAAUUAGUUCAAUUCCUUAAGUUUUGUUUUUGAUUAAUUAAGCUCUUCAAUUUGAUGAAACAUGGGAACUGAAGAAUACCCACAUCAUAAACAAACUGAAAAUCUCCAUAUUCCCACAAUUCACAAUCAACAGAUGGUAGAAUCAACUGAAAUAACUGAAGAAUGUCCUCUUGGGCAGCGCAAUACGCCACCACCACAGAGCAUUGACGGGGAGAUACCAUCACAAAGUGUGCAGGACUCCCCGGAGGAUUUUGUUAGGAUAAACAUUCUUCCAACACCAAAAAGAGUCAAUUUUACACCUAUGAACAGCCCUGGCAUUGCGACACUAAACGAGUCCUCGAGCUCUACCAUGCGUAGGGACAAAUCUUCAUUCAAAAACCUACUUCCAAGACUUAGUUUUAAGUUCAAGAAUUCUUCUUCAGAUAUUGUGGAUGCCGCCAUUCUAGCCCUCGGAUCUCCCUCUUCAGUUAAAGGGGGGAGACCACGAAUGACUAGGACAUUUUCUCUUUCGAAACUAUUUAGUACACCGAAAGGAAAAAAAGCAUCGUCUUUGCCUGUAACUCCAAUUGCACACUCUAAUCCAGGGUCUACUCAUGGAAGCAAUAAAGGCAGGCUCCAAUUACCUAUUCAUCGUGCGCAUUCUGUUCCAGAUCUUAUCAAAGAAGGGAGUGUACGUCGCUUCGACUCCCUUGGUGGGAUGUUCCGUGUAAUUCCGACAACCCCACGAGUCAAAGAUGGAACAUUAACAGCAUCUAUUGCAACUCUAAUUGAUGCAGAUGAAAUCGAUGAUAAUGGUGAGGACAUUCACGAAGAUGAAGCUGUUUGUAGAAUUUGCUUCGUUGAACUCGGGGAGGGCUCAGAGACACUCAAGAUGGAAUGCAGCUGCAAAGGUGAACUUGCUUUGGUUCACCAAGAAUGUGCUGUUAAAUGGUUUAGCAUCCGAGGUAACAAAAUUUGUGAAGUAUGCGAGCGAGAAGUUCAAAACCUUCCUGUUACGCUUUUACGAAUUCAGAAUGCUCAGGAUUCACAGAGAAACCGUGGAGAGCAGGCUGAGUUAGCUAAUUUCAGGGUUUGGCAAGAUGUUCCGGUUCUUGUGAUUGUAAGCAUGCUUGCUUAUUUCGGUUUCCUCGAGCAGCUUUUGAUUAAGAAAAUGGGUACAGGUGCCAUUGCCAUCUCGCUUCCGUUCUCUUGUAUUUUGGGUCUUCUUGCAUCCAUGACGUCAACAACGAUGGUUGGAAGAAAAUUCCUUUGGGUAUAUGCUGUUUCACAAUUUGUUAUGGUGGUUGUCUUUGCUCAUAUUUCGUACUCCUUGCUACACUUGCAAGCAGUGGUAUCAGUCAUAAUUGCUACAUUUGUUGGUUUCGGAGUUGCAAUGUGUGGAUGUUCGAUUAUCUUCGAGAUACUGAGAUGGAGAAGGAUAUGGCGAGCUCGAUCAAACACCGAACCUUCUGCAGUCAAUGGAAUUUCUGCACCGAUAUCUGAGACAACACGUAUAACACAACCGACUCCAAUUCAACCCGAACUCAUGGCAAACAGACCUAGCUCUCCUGGAGCCUAAUUUGGUUUAUAAUGUGCUACAUAUAUAAUGCUGCAUUUCCCUAUAAGAGGUGCAUUUUUGUUUAGUAUACAUAUAUAUACUCCCUCCGCUUUCGUAAAUUUGCUGACAACAAUGACAUCUUGUGAAUAAAUAUGUCAUUGUCAGUAGCAAAUUCACAUGGAUCGAGGAAGUAUAUGCAUAUUAUAUUAUACAUAUAUAUAGGACGAUGAUCAUGUGAAACCACUUAAAGGGGUGAAAAUUAAAAACUAAAAACAGGAGUACGUAUUCAGCUUUUAGGGUACAUUUGUGGUUUUUCGGUAAAUAAGUGUAAUUUUUAAAUCGGGGUUACAUUUUAAGUGUAGGGGUACAUAUUUUUGUGGAAUUUUUGUAAAUGUUUUGAAAACCUUAAACUCAAAAAAUAUAAGGAUCCCUUACAUUGAA